AUGGAAGCCACUGGUUCUUCCGUCACUAUUUUGUUCCCUCAGCGAUUCUGGAAACAGGUUGACUCGCUGCCAGCUGAUGGACAGAAGAUCGCCUGGUCCAUCCGCUAUCUUCUGUCUUCGCUCCAGCCCAAGACCUCGUUCACCUGGUGGCUGCUGUUCCCGGAACCCAAGGAUUCUGAUUGGAAGACGCGCUGGCAAGCCCUUUUAACGCCAGACCUGAGACGGAAUCCUUAUGCCCUUAUCGCGAAAGACGCGCGUCGCGGCUCUCCCAACGAUCUGUAUUAUGACAAUAUAAAUCUGGAGACAAUCGAACGCCCUGAUCCCAGACACACGCCAGCGGUCAAUGUUUUCUGCUCCAGAGAUGAGAGAACGGUCAGUUUACUCGGCGGUGCCGCUGACGAGGGUCGUUGGCUACUCACCAAGGGCCUCGAAUGCGAGUCAACGAAACUCCCCGCGUACGUGCUUCCACUUCCUGGGUCGGAAUGGAAAUCUCAGAAGUCAGACGACGAGUUGUACGGUAUCAGAGGAACUGGCUUCCCUACAGCUUUCCUAAUGUACACGACCCUGAAACAACACCGGCAUUCUGCACCUCUGAGACGUGUAACUGCUACGCAGGCAGCUACCAUGACUACGGCCCUUUGCGAGGGACUAGCUGUGGCUGAGAAUCGAGCGUACAACGCAUUGCGUGAUGCCGAGAGGAAGCUGGCGAAGAUGAAGGAGCAGGAGGCCGAAGAUGAGGACGGCGACGACAUCGCAGAGCAGGAGGAGCUCGUUGCGGGCAUUCAUGAGCAGAAAUUCCUAGAUGUCGCUGCGCCAAAGAUCCUCUCUUACAUCGCAACCUUCUCCCCUGAAGCCGACCGAGAAAUUCCCGACGCAGAACCCGACGUGAAACGACUUUACGACGCUUACAACUAUGCAAAGGAACUGCGCAGACAGGAUUCGGAAGAUGAGAUUGAACACCGCACACGCACAAAUUGGCCGUUUGGCUUGAAGCGCCCGCCCGUCAGACUGGACGUUGCCCAACCCUUCCCUUCCGACCUUGGCGCGUAUUUGAAUGACCUCUCCAGAUUCAAAGGCAAAACUACCAUUCGCAUUCAGUAUGAUGUGGACGACAAAUCCUUCCAACACGAAUGCUCGGGCAUUAGCGAAAUGAACAGAUUGGCACUGGACUCCCCCGAAGCCCAAUGGUGGAAUUUUGUGGUAGCAUUCGAUCGGAGUCUGAUGCCCACUGUCUGCGACCUCACGGAAAGGUUCACCGGCCUUGGCAAGGCUGUCAAACAAGGAAGAUUCAUUGGUCAACACGCUCAGGCAAUCAAGACCUUCAAGGAAGCAGUUUUCGGCCGGGUCAGCCUUGUGGGAGGACCUGGAUCUGGGAAAUCUACUUUGGCAACCAACGUCGUUGCUGCCAUGCUGGAAGGCGAGAUGGCUGAGGUGCCCAGCAGACCUCGCAAGGAAGCCGACUACGACGCAAAGAUGAGAGAAAUGGGAGAAGCUGGCCAACUCCUCGAAACAGAAGGAUAUGCACCAAUGGCGGAUGACUCCACGAACCUUGCUGAUUUGGCCCGCCGCGCACAUGACGUCGCCCAGGCAACAGAAGGACAAGCACCAAUGGCGGAUGACUCCAUGGAUCCCGCUGAUUCGGCCCGCCGCGCACAUGACGCCGCUCUGGACAUCCUCAUAGAUUCGCUUAGAGUGACCGAUGCCAGCAACACACUGAGUCCCUCCGAUUCUGAUUCUCGGGACGAUUCGUCACUGUCGAAGCUCACGCCUAUCGUGUGGACGGCUCCCCAAAAUACGCAGGUGGGAGAUGCGGUUCUCCGCCUUCAGGCCAAAGUCCAAAACAAGCGCAUCAUCCGUAUCUACCCUUAUGAUGAUGAGUUGCGUGUUUUCAUGGCCGCAGUCUUGCACGGUCCGGAGGACAUGGCCAUCGACGAAAAUAGCCCACAUUCUGCGAAGCGACUGAUCGCUCACAUCAACGGCUUCCGGGCUGCGCUCUACGUGGAGAGAAAUCCGGCUACAGACCCCUCAUCGCUUGCUAUGCAGCUUCGUGAAGAAGUUGAGCAAAAUCCCGAUGCCUACCCAGAGAUCAAGGAAGCUUGGGAUUUGCAGGUGUCAAAUCCAGCCAACUACAUGGUGAACAAGCGCGACUAUUUCGACUCAGCUAGAAAAAUCAUCGCCGAUUUUGUUUGCAAAGCUGAUGUGAUUGCGGGCACCCCGGUGGCCCUCCGCAUGUUGUACAACCACGUGCCUGUUCUCAAACCAUGCUUCGUCGUGAUAGACGAGGCAGGUCGGCUCACAGAGAGUAUGGCUGUUUUACCCAUCGCCCGCCACGCGGAUGUGCCAGCGCUAUGGAUUGGUGACGUCAAGCAAUUUGGCCCAAUCGCCGCAGCCGAACAGGAUAUUGAGUACAACCCUAUCUUUACGGCUCAACGAAAGCGAAGCCUACUAGCUCGAAUGGAAGGCGCUGGGCAG